AAGUACGCUCGACGAAGAACUCGCGAGUAGUUUCCUACCAACUCUCGCGCGAGUCGGAUGACGGGUUACUUAUGUUGAGCUCGUUCCCGUUUGCCGUUGACAUCGUAGCUCCGAACAAACAAUCGUAUUCGAGGGAGCACGAAACCACGCUAGAGAAACUUGUUCGCCGAUCGGACGCCUCACUUACCGUGUUCUCAUCUUUCGUGUUGUGCGCCAGUUUUUGGAUCUUUGCCUCCGUCCGUCAGUAGAAACGCGUAGUCGACGUUGAGUGCGAUUUCGUGUGACCCCCAUCGGUACGAUCUACGGAAGACACGCGAGUGUGAGAAAGUUCCGCGACGCGAAUGCCGUGAUGCUGCACGGUGGUGGCGGAAGAAGAUCGUCGGGGCCGCUCGACACCGUCUCGAUCGCUUCCUCCUGACAGUAUGAGCCUCGUGCAUCGUCCUCGCCGAUGAGAUAGAGUGGCGUACCCGCUCCUGGGACGAUGUCAUUGCAGUGAUUUACACACACGACACAGUGAAGAGGUUCCGAUUCUCGAGGUUUGUGUGAAUGGAUCGGGACUACGUCGCGGACAAGUGGCACUGAAGUGAGAAGCGACCAGUGUGUCCGCGACGUCGGAUAGUGAUUUGCGUACAACCAUAUAGUGAACCGUGGUAACUCUGUAACACGUGUGACAGUUCCCGCGAGGGAUAGAGCAUAUCCGGGGUGUCGGGAGGUUGGCUAGCGAAGGAGUUGAUUUCGGACGUGGUUGUAUCGUGUCUGUCUGUCGUGAGAUUACAUUCUCUGAUAAUCUGGUUAAGUCGGUGCCGGUUCAAACGCCGAUCGUGUCACGUUAUGCAAUGUUGAUAUAGUGCGUUAAACGUUGAUUUCCAGUGAACAAUGGUCGGAUUUCUCGCGGCGUACACCAUGGAUUUCUCUAUUUUCAACGCGGUGCCGACGCGACGCACUACGACCAGGGAUAACACGGAUCUUGCAAGAAGUAGAUCGAGACGACACACGACCGGCAGCACGAGAACAAGAGGCGUAGCAAGAUCAACGCCAUCUAUAAUCUGGCUAUCGUUGCUACUGACGCUAGGAACGAGGGUAACGUCAUCAGCGACGAACAUAACGAACGUGUCACCAUUGGCCUCGACGGUGAAGCCGAUCACGACCACGGAAGUAGUUUAUCAGCGAUUCGCGAUUGAACCGAUGGAUCAGACCGCGGUGAUUGGCAGCCGAGUGACGCUUCCUUGCCGGGUCCUCGACCAGAAGGGACCUAUUCAAUGGACAAAGGACGACUUCGGUCUUGGCGCCGUCAGAAACCUCACGGGAUACGAGCGUUACGCCAUGAUCGGCAGCGACGAAGAGGGUGAUUUCUCGUUACAUAUUUAUCCGGUGGAACUGGAGGACGAUGGCACAUACCAAUGCCAGGCCUCACCCACGAACGACGGCCAGCCAGCAUUACGCUCGAGAUUCGCCAAGCUGAGCGUGCUGGUUCCGCCUCAGAAACCAAAGAUCCUUCAGGGCGACUUUCUUAUCACGACCGAGGACCGGGAAUUGGUGAUCGAGUGCGUCAGCGUGGCUGGCAAACCGCCCGCGGAGAUCACAUGGAUCGACGGGCUGGGGAACGUGCUGCACAGAGGUAUCAAAACGACGAAAGAAUUAUUCGACGACGGCCCCUUGUACACGGUAAAAUCCAUCCUGAGGGUAAUGCCGCGAAAGGACCACGACAACACGACGUUCACGUGCCAAAGUCAGAACGCGGCCGACCGCACGCCGCAGAAUGCGAAACUGCGCGUCGAGGUACGCUACGCGCCGAAAGUGUCUCUGAGAAUCCGGUCGGGCCUGGGCAAGAAUGGCCGCAUCGUGGAGGGUAGCGAGCUCCGUUUCAAAUGUCGCGCCGAGGCGAAUCCACCGAAUGUCGAGUACAGGUGGUUCAUCAACGAGAAAAAGGUGAUCGGCGACUAUACCACGGAGAUGAUCAUCCACAACGCAACCCGCGAUCUUCACGACGCGAUUGUAAAGUGCGAGGUUCACAACGAUGUCGGGAAGAGCGAGGACACCGAGACUCUGGAUAUCACGUACGGGCCACAGUUCCGGCACCAGCCAAUCUCCGUGGAGACGCAGUACGGCGCGACGGAGAUCUUGCAGUGCGACGUCGACGGAAACCCAACACCGGAGAUCCGUUGGUACCACGAGGACUCGGAGCGACAGGUCGCUAGCACGCCGAACAUCAGCGUGGUGGUGAACCACGAGACAGCCGGACGGUACUUUUGCAAGGCACACGUACCGGGUUUUCCGGAGCUGACGGGCUACGCGAAUAUCUACAUCCGGGCGUCACCGAGCAUAGUAUCACAGAGAGUGCAAUAUGUACCCGACGAGGGCGUUGUCAAAGUAAAGUGUACCGCGGUAUCUGUGCCAAAAGCGGACUCGGUGGUAUGGAGCUUCGCCGGUCGCGAGCUCAAUUUCUCGUCGAACAAUACGCCGUUCCAUGUGCAGGAGGAAUACACCGGCGAGAGAGUCGUCAGCACUGUCACGCUGCUCGAUCCCAUAUCCACGUACUUCGGGGAUUACAACUGCACGGUCACGAAUAGCUUCGGCACGGAUUCCGUCAUAAUCAAGCUGACGGCACACAUCGAUUGGCAACUGAUUCUCAUCAUCGGUGGAUUGGUCGUCUGCGUGAUCCUGAUUGGCGUGAUCAUUAUACUCAUUCUACAGUGCCGCGACCGCAUCAAACAGCCACGACCGAGGACAGCCCAGACUCAAGAGACUGAUAUGCAGGAAACAGAUUCGAACGCGGAUAGAUAUCGAGAAAGUGACAGAAGCAGCAACCUGUCGGACGUUAAAGCGGAUAUACGGGCGGGAUCGAGUGUCAGCAACGCGGAGAGCGUGACAGCGCUUGACAGCGAGGGCGAAGGAAGCACGAGAGGUGUGAACGCUUUGGCGCUAGCCGGCCCUGUACCCAAUCCCCUGGGUUAUCGUUACAGCGCCGAUUACACGGAACCUUCGUUCCCGCCGAAGAAUAACGACGGUAGUAACAAUAAUGGUUACGUACCGUACGUAGAUUAUACCCGCGACUAUAUGCCGCCCACGACGCAAGGAGUGGGUGCAUCACGGGAAUCCUUAAGCAGGAUACCGUCUGGCGGAAUACUAGCCUCAAAGAAGAUCGGUCUGAGUUCUGCGAAUUUGGGCUCCUCGACUCCGCAAACCACCCCAGCGAUCGACCCACGUUUCUCUGCAACGUAUGGAAACCCCUACCUCAGAAUGUCAGCCGCGGAGCAACUGAGACACGCGCCACACACGGCUGUGCCGGGAGUAACGCCAGCACCACCGCCCUACACGCAAGCAAUGAGAAUGAAUAGCUUGAAUACCUUGAACGGUGCUGGACCGCAGGCACCACUUUCGGCACAUUACAUCACGGGCGGCCCAAACGGUGGAGUAGCGACGGUAAAGCGCACCUCGGCGGUAGGGACGUUAGCGACGCACGUAUGAGGCCAGGGGGUCUAUCCGAACUAGAACCGUCGACGUUCGGACCUAACUAGUAUCGCCUUCGAGAACCGUGAAGCCAUCGAAUGGACUCGGCAGUCGAAUACACUCAGGUCGCACGAAAAGUUUCUCGCGGAAAAUUUAGAGGAGAACUACCCCUAUCAGAGCUACGAUAGCGUCGAAUUCGAAGAUCGUGAUAUCGUUCGGCGAGCUUCCACGAUCGCACGCGUGCCAGAAGUCGAACGAUUGCUCGGAGAAACGAAGUCGAAGGACGAGACGAGGAAGUUUCGAUUGAAGGGACGAGCGCAACGAAUGGCUGAAAACGGCGAAGCAUUAAAAUACAUCGAGAUAGUGUUACGACAAUUACGAAAGGCCAGCCGUGAUCAUCGACAACUCGUGGAGCAGCGUCAUCGGACCGUGCAACCGUUUUCUGCGUCUUCGACGAUCGACGAAUAUCUUUUGGAUAAGUCGAACGUACAAAGUUUGACGAUUGCACGCGGGCAAAGCGAGGAGAACCGGAUUGUCCGUGACAUCUCUCGGGACACGAUCGAAAGGUUACAAGAAGUUGGAACGAGCGAAGAACCGCAAGAGCUUACCGAGUAUCCCGGCGUGGAUGUUACGAAGAAACUGUUGGCAAAGAAGAAGACAUACGCGAGAGGCAUUUACCUACUGGAAACGAUGCCCAGGAGGAUCCACGAGAGGAUGAGCGUGGCUGGCCGGCAGGGUCUACGAUACGUUCCUGCUUACGAAGGAAUUGACACUACGAUUAUUCAGUGAAUGCGCUACGAGCUGGUGAAACAACGGGCAAACGUGAACGCUUAAGACUGCUUGAGAACAUAGAGUCUGGCAAAAAAUAGCUCUCGUCAAACUUGUAAGCUAUUCGACCGGUAUGGGAAGAUCGUGAAGGAUGCGAGGAGAGUUGUAAAGUUUGUUGGUCGACUUCGAGAAACGGCAGAAACAAGAAUCGAAUUAAUGGCGAACAACUGUGGUAACGACAAUGACCGAUCGAGCUUGUCGAGAAGAAUUGAUUAGCCUUGACUACGCGUGGUACUCCAUUUAAGAAGACUGAAUCGAGGGAUAAGAAGGUUCCUUCAUCGACUCGGGAACACAGUGUAUUUUUCUCUAUCAUCUAAUAGAAAUAAGAUAGUCGACUUUGUACAUCGAAGAGACUGGACUAGGGUAAACGGGGUUAUCGUAAAUAUCAAAGAAAUACGUGGCUCGACGUGGUUCGAUAGAAAUCAAUUUAAAAAAUAAAAAAACAAAAGAAGAAGGAAGGGAACCAUCAUCGAAAAUGGGUAGUUGGUGGAUUAGCGAGAAACGAAGGACGGUGGUUAGGUUCGUAAAUCGAAGGAUCUCUUCGGAACGAGAACAGACCACUCGGUAUCGACAAUCUUUUAUUCGCAUACUUAUAGAUCUCGAUAAGUAUUUAAUGUUCAUUCGAAACGUAACGAAAAAAAAAAGAAGAAGAAACGAGAAUCGAAUUUCAUCGCGGAUCAUUGUGGUCGUAGUAGCAGUCUCCUAAACGAGGGAAAACGCCACGAGGUGAACAAGAAAAUAAUGAACAUCGAAUAAUUGUGCUUCGUACGGAUAAUUUGCGUUUUGAACAUGUGAUACGUAGACGGAUGUCCAGGUAAGAGUGACGUGUUGAAUACGAAGAAAUCGUUGGAUCGUGUCGUCAACACGGACAGGCAUAACGUCUCGGCUGCUACUUCGACGUCACGCUGUGUCGCGCUGCCUUUUUUUAUUUGUAGGAAAAAAUGUUAGGUCUCGCGCAGUAUUCGCAAGUAAGCGCACUAGACGAGAAAAAAGGACACUUCGAACGGAUCGUGCUGCUUGUCUGACAAGAUUGAUCGCGAUCUCGUGUCUCCUUCCGGCCUGAGGAUUUUCAAUCGUGAAAAUACGCGCGUUUGGAAAGCGAUCGAAGCGUUCCACGGGCCGAUCUUUGUAAAAUAGAUAGCUAAAAUGAUUAGAUAUAUACAUAUAUAAAUAUAUCACCUGUUGUCAAUACGAACAUAGGGCCUAUAGUUUGGUGGCGCUACAAAAGCAAAGCUAUAUCGGAAUAAGCUCGUUUGUGGAUGGAACAGCUUCGUGUAAAUAAUAUUAUAACGAUAUUAACUAAUAGACGAUCGAGCAGAGGAAACAACGUGUUAGAUGUAAUUGGUCGUGUAUCUCGUUUCGGAAAAAAAAUGGAGCGCGACUUAAAAUGGAAAAGAAGAAGAGAAACUGGCCGAGAAUUCUUCGUUCGAUUACGAUUGUUAAGUUAUCUUCGUUCUUGUCGAAAAUGUUUUCUUGUUCGUUUGCAAUGCCUGUAGCUCGUCGAACGAGGAUCCAGACUUAUUAAGUUUUCCUCGACGAUGAUCUACAGCCUCGAGAUAGAGAAUCCUCAAGUUCAAAGAAAAACACGGUAAAAAACGAAGCAAACAGAUACAUCGCUCAUUGACGUCGCGAUGCUAUGCAGCGGGCAUAAUACCAUUGAUUACGAUAACGAAACAGGGUAGCCUAUCAAUUACUAAAACGGUUUCGAAAGAAAAAGGCUGCACACUACGGAUUGGCCCCAUACUCACGUGGUGCGUCGGUAAUUAACAGAAUUAAAAAAAAAAAUAGGAAAAGGACAAAAGGAAAUGCAGAGCUCGAGCAAACGUGUCGGUGACGACGAUGGGAUUCGAAUGAACGAUGACGGUGAUCAUGGCGCAUUCAGAGCUAAAAAAAGCAAAUGAAUAUACAUUUGUAUUGUGGAGAAAAUAUCUUUAUAUUCAGACGUAUGUAACAUAAUUUCUGUACAUAACUGGAAUUAUUGCUCACCGUAUCUCGUAAGAUUUAGUUAGUUUUGUAACUGUGAAAAAGAAUGAAAAGAUAAAACACUAUGUGCAUAUCUGAUACUAUGCGGACAGUUUCGCGACGGACAGUUCCCCUCGAAAGUUUUCGACCCUGUCGUCGUAGAUCGAAAAAGAGAAAGAAAAUCAGUAUUCGUAAUAUAAAUACUUCCUUCCUAUUGAAAACUCAUUCUCUGUCCCACGAUCGACCGCGAUCGUGCGCAGUCCGUCGUCACGAAACGAUCAGUUCCUCUGUUCGCGCUCGAAUCGUUUCGUCGAGAAGAACACGGUCAAAUCGGAACGAAAUUACACAGUGUAGUAUUAUCGUACUCGUAAGUAUCUUUCCUCUCGUAAUUCGAUCGCCGUGUUCUUCUUGUCGCGAAAUCGACCAGCCUCGUCGACGGAGUCUCCCAUUUCCGGGCCAUGGAACUGUCCACCGGAAGUCCAGAUUUCAUACUUUACGAUUAGGGAUUAUGGCCUAUUACUAACUAUUUCGCAAACCUUAUCCGGCGAUCCGAUCGUUUUUACUAUUUCACGCGACAGAGUUAAACGAAUGGCGAUUUAAUCAGGAUACCCCCCGAACGAGGGCAAACGCAAGAACGAAAAAGGCAACGUUUUGAUACAAUGAGAUGUGCCAUACCGUUCGUUGCGUAAAUAACUCCCUGGCGCUCUCGGGUUUAAAAACGAGAACACUUGAACGAACAAAGAAAAGAAAAAAAAUACAAAAAAAUACUGUCAACUUCGAAACAGGAUAUAUGAAUUACCGUGCAAAGAGCUCGAUAUCGGUGAGCAUAGAUCUUAAAAACGAUCGAGUCGCCUGUCCACGCAUUUGUGAAAUGGAAAGUGACUUUUUAGAAAAUGAACACUUUUUCGCGUGCUAUCCAUAAAAGCUACGUUAAACACGUUGCAUCGAUUACUGAGUAUAAAGAAAAAAAAAAAAAAACGCUAUUUCGAAUUCGACUGAGCGACAUAUAGGAGAUACAAUAUAUACCCCCAUAUUUUUCUCGAUGUUAAAGCUUUUUUCUCAGAAAGCGUUACGCGGCGUGUAAUGCUGCCUGCGAAAAGGAAUUCAAGCGAAUCGUUGCGAAUCUUUAAAAAUUAAUCGGCGUAUCGUUUGUAUAAUAUAGCGGUGAGGAUCCGAUCGACAGCGAUCGUUAUCGUACGAGUAUCGUAAGGGCGGUAGGAAAGAAGAUAAAGGAAGGAUGAUCGUUCUGAAGCGACGCGAGCACUUCUGAUUCAGACCGACCAUCCGUUCGAUCGAAGACUUGCACUAUGAAUUCUCGACGAAACGACGUUUCUUUUGUUUAUUGUGUACGAUAAUCUUCUCGAUCGUGUCGUUUGUAUGAAAUCGAAGGGAGAGUAUCGCUAAGUUAUCAUCCGACAAAUCCAUUACGUUUUUACAGAAAGAAACUUUUCAACGUACACCGUGUGUAGUAAUCUCGACCAAUAAUUUUUGAUACGAACGCGCCAGGAAUUUAUUCGACUUUUGGUACGUCUCGAACGACAACGCUUGGGAACAACUUAAUGAAAACGCACUCUUAUCACACUCGUCCCCGGUAUGAAAAAUCAUCUCGUGAAACAAUCUCUUCCAGUCAACGUUUCGGUCCACGCGCAUCAAAAAACAAACACACCCUCGAACAUCAAUCCACUUUUACAAAUACGAUAGACUGUUUUACCGGUACACUAAACAAACGAACAAAACGGGAAAGAAAAGACUGUAAACGACUACUCGUUGAAACUGCAUCGAACGUUAGCGAUGCAUGAUAAAUUCGCGUACGAAGAGGUCGGUGCACAAGUCGCGUGACUCGGUUUGGAUCAAUCUCUCAUAUAAAAUGGGAAAAAGAGAGAGAGAGAAAAAGAACACGACAGAAUAGCUCGUGGUAAUAAUUAUGAACGUUCGCGAUAUCUAUCGAAAGAUCAUGUUACGACAAACACGUUAUUACCAUUAUUUUUCUGUCGUCCGUUACUUUUUUGCUUUUCCUUCCUCCAGUUUUCAAACGGUAGCCUGGCCUUCCUCGGCCUCUGCUAAUGAUGUCUGAAUCACAUUCGUUCGAAUCGAAUUUUCCUUAUACAUGCAAUUAAACCGCGCACAAUGGAAUUUCAAUUACGUUACGGAGAUGCAACGAAGUUCUUGUAACAUUGGACAAUUGGCUCGACAAAGAAGCUCGACAAAAAUUCCGAACAUCUCGUAGGAAAAUACGUUUCGUGGCGAAGGCUCGCCUAAUGCGCGGCCAUAAUGGUCGAUUACGAUAAUAAUGCGUGUGAUAAUUGCGGGGAACGUUCGGCGAAGUAACGAUGGAAAAAGAAACGACACUAGGAAACGGUAACGAUGUGUAACACACGAGGUGUUACGCGAGGAGUCACGUGGCGCAAAUGCCACACCGAGGCGAAAAGUAAAUUAACCGAACGAAGGGUAACUCGAUCUAAAAGAAAUACACCGAAACUCGAAGGAAACUCUCGUAACGCGAUUAAAUGCAAGAACUUUUGUUGCGAACCCGUUACAUCCCUGACGCUAUCGCGCAUCGAAUUGGCAAACUUCACAAGCCGAAACCUACGCCACGAAUGAAGUUCGCCGAAAUACUAUUCCGCUGGCUAUCCAUCCCCCGAAUCCUCCCUCUGUAUUUGAUAACGAGUUAUUAUCGAUCCGUUUACUUACGCGCGUUUAGCGUAACUCGGCAUAGCCACCCAACCGCAACCUUUUUUUAACUCGAUCGAUUUUUCGAACAAACCGACCGUUUCGAUUGAAAGUGAACUGAUAUUUAAUUAUUAAAGAAUAGAGGGGAAAACGAAAUUACAUAUAUAUAUAUAUAUAUAAUUAUAUACCUACGCAACAUCGCGCGCACACGCCUUGCAGCCGAUACUCGGUACGUUGAUAUUUCAUCAGCGAAUCGGUCAAUAUCGAUGAUCCUUUGACGAAACGAACAGAAGUGCACCAAGUGGACUAUAGGAUAAUUCGAACGAAAGGAGGGUGAAUAAUAAAUAUGUGUAAAUAUUUCGAACACUAGAGAUUUGACUAUGAACAGCGAAUCAUACUUUUUAGUGUACAUUACUUUGUAUCAUAAUAGCCUAACGAAACAAUUUAGCUAGACACUUUUUUGAGAUCUCCUUAUAAAAAACGAAGGGAAGGAAGAAGAGAGUCGCUGUUUCUGGGGUUUUUGUUUGACGAUCGAUCAUCGAUCUUACUAUCGCGCUGCCUGACAGUGAAUUGAAUCGCCGCGAACGCGAUAUGAAAAUCAACGACCGGCCAUCGUGAAUUUCGUAGCUUCGUAUUUCGCGAUCAAGCGCUCUUUUGUGACAACAGGAUACGUUAUACGCGGAUCUACGAUGCACAAACGAAUUGCUAUCGCCACUUUAACGGUUGGACGCAUCCCUCUCUACGUUCUAACGGAAACCAGGUCGAUUUGUCAGAAACGAUACACAUUUUUCAUCCGCAUCGGAAAGAAAGAUAUAUAUAUAUAAAAUAUGAAAAAUAUAUGCUUCGAAAAUCAUGAAACUUUGAUCCGUAUUGGUUCGAUCGCAAUUCGAUUCAAAAUUCCUCGCACGUGCAUACCUGUAGCGCAAAGAUUGGGCGCGAAAACGAAACCCACGGGAAAAGACAAAGCAUUGUUCGCACAAGAUCUUCCGUUAGCGAGAAAGAAAUUUUAGUAAAAACAGGGAGAGAAAGAGAGAGAGAGAGAGAGAGAGAGAGAGAAAGAGCGCGCAUUUUAGAGUGAAAGGGAGCGAGAGAGUUAUAUAUAAAGAUUUUCUUUUCUUGAGAAUCGAGGAACGUACCGCGAAAAAACUACCGAGUCUUACUCUUCGAUAUCGACAGUGUGCCAAUGAAAAAAACUUUUUAUUCCGAGUUUAGCUAACGUCUGUCGCAUUUUCUCAUUCCUCUUCGAUCACUUCGCGAAACAUAGACACACGCGCGCGCGCACCAUAUAACCUUAAGGACAUGUAAGUACAAAGGAACAAAGAAAAGAAAAUAAGAAGAAGCUUAGAAAUUUUCAAUGUUUUCCGCGUCGCGACAGUCGAUAGGUAUUAACGCGUGCCCUUACCACUAGUGUACACCUGGCCGAUAAAACUGACAUUGAAACUUUCAUCAUUUCCGUUCAGCCCACUCGCUUCCCCUCACUGCCAUAAGUACACUCACCCUUUGAUCGAACUUCGUGUAUUCUUUUAUUUUCAUUUUUGUCUCUUCUAAUUUCUUUUUCCUUGUCCGGAGGACUAAAUUUUACGAGACGGGACACGUUUCUUUUCUUUCUUGCAACGCGAAUAAAAGAAAAGAAACGACAAGACCAAAGAAAUGUUUAUUUUAAUGUUGUGUAUAUUAAUUGAGUUUAUGUCGUAUAAAUUUGAUAAUGCAUUUAUUCAUGCGUUACACCGAGUGCUUUAAUUAUUCUUUCUCCUCUUUUUUUAAUUAUUAUUGUUAGCAUAAGUAUAUAUAUAUAUAUUGAAAUAUGUUUUUUCUUUUUAGAUAAGUAUCCAUCGUUUAUUAUCGUAAUCAUCGUGAUCGAUCGGCGCAAACAAUUUCGUACUUGUAAGGUGUACAUUUUUGUUUACGCGAAUUUCUAUCAUCCAUCAUUAUAACAGAACAACGAUUUUUAUUAUUAUUAUAAUUAUUUAUAGUUAAUUGAUUUACAUACUAAUUAUUAAGCAGCCAGUGCCGUUUAUUUUAUACUUCUCGUAGAGUGUAAUGUGUAUCACUGCUGUUAUCAUAUUUUAUUAAAUCUUUGCCAUAUAACAGCCCUCGUAGUCUCACGUUUUCACCCUUCAUUCCAUGCAGGACGAUCCCAUUUCUUGUCUGCAAUCGCAACUCUCCUCCCAAUACCAAUACCUUUUUCACCAACCCCUCUUCGAAUCUCCGUGCACCACAGCCACGACAAAGUCUAUCUCUGGAGCACGUGUUCGUGGACUUUUUACGUUUUAUCGUAUUUGCUUUAAUUUUUUAGCAAAGGACUAACCGAAGGCAAGAAGAGAAAAGAGUAAAAGUAAUAAAAAAAGAAAAGGGAGGAAGUAGAUACAACGAUAAUAUCGAAGAAAUGAAAGUCUUUCGAUGCGUGGAAAAGCAAGAAGGAACGAGUGGUCCGGAUGCGCUUAAAAGUUGCAUCGUUCCAUUGUAAAAAUACGCGCGCGUUAACCGCCGAGUACGUGCAAUAUCGAGUGAUUUCACGUUUCUCUACGCACGUCUUAAAGCCGCAUACAUCGAGACAUAUUGUUGCUUUGCGAUCUUGUAAAUGCACUUGAGCACGCAUAUCCUCUAACGAGCGCCGUCUUUCGUACUCUUUUGCUCCCCUCGUGCAGAAAUAAGAGUGAGCGACGCUCGGGCUUUAUUCGCCAAUCCUCUGGGUAUAAUAAGGAGUAUUUCGCGUCACGCAAACCCGGGGUGUUCUCUUCGUUUUCCUUAUUCUCUCAGAGAUGUAACUUAUUCUUCUGUCUAGAAUGGUGACAAUUGAUUUAUCGAUAUAGCGUAAAACUUUAAAACCGAAGUACGUAACUUCCGGACCUUGCAGCCGGUACACGAAAUUUACACCGACUAUUUAGGGAUUCAUGCGUUUGUUCGAGAAUCGCUGCAAGGUUUGGAAUUAUCACUUCUUCUGUUAACUUCCUUGUAUUAUCGGUGAUUUGUGUCCUAGCCGGUGAGACCGACUUCGGACAGAAAUCAACUGUCUGUUCACGUCAAGGGAAAUAAAAUAGAUUAUUUCACAUAGCACACAGUUCAAUAAACUGUAAACGAAAGCAAUGAAAGAAAAUAAUGCUAUUUUUAUAUGUUGCAUCGUCUGCCGUGAUGACCUAUAGUUAUACGAACUAUACUUGAGUUACUUUUUUCAUUUAUGAUUCAUGUAUCCAUAGGGUCAUUUCGUGUCGCACUUCGGAUAAUUUCUCUUUACGUUCGAAGUUUGUCUCUCAACGUGAUCGUAAAUAUAUCGCGUUCGAAUAUUUACUAAAGAAAUGCUAUUUCUUUCAGUCUGAAACGUGAUUUGAUCGAUGAUAUUUUGUUAUACUUUGUGUAAAUGGAAUAAUUAGUAUCGUUUGAAUGAUGUCGUUAGAAAUUGUGAGAAGCAUUCUCGUAUAAUUUGAUGAGCAAUAUCCCCAUAAUAUUAAAUAUCAUCACAUUAGCAGCUUAGAAAUAAACGACAGAAAUAUUUCUAAAAAUGAUCCAAAGGAUGCUCUUGCUCACAAUUGAUCUAGAUUACUACAUUAAGAUUUACUAUUAUUGUAUUAUUAUUACUAUAUCUACAUUCCUUUUAAGAAUCUACCACUAUUACUUUACGAAACCAUCUGUAAAUAAGUAUUUUGUAUUCCUGCAAGAAUAAAAUUACGAAUCAUUAA